GGCUACGCCACCAGCCAGGUCUUCAAGGUUAAAAGGAUUGUCCUGGAGAGGCUGGGUAUCGGCGGUCUGGAUAACGAGUUUGAUGUGAUCUUCCGCCGCGCCUUUUGCAGCCGCAUCUUUCCGCCGUCCAUUAUACAGCGCCUGGGCAUUAACCACGUGAAGGGUGUGCUGUUGUACGGGCCGCCCGGCACGGGCAAGACGCUGAUUGCGCGUCAAAUAGGCAAGAUGCUCAACGGCAAGGAGCCCAAGGUUGUCAACGGUCCGGAGGUUCUCAACAAGUUUGUGGGCCAGAGCGAGGAGAACAUCCGAAACCUG